GUGUCCCUCCCUCAGAAGGGAGUGACAGAGUCAGGGGCCGGACGUCAUUCUCGUCAGCGCGCGUUGUUGUUGUUGUUCUUGUCGCUCCUCUGCUUUCCCUCAGGCGCCGCGGGGCCCCGGCCAUGCUCCCUCCGCCGGGCCCGCCGUGGUCUUGGGAGCCGGAGCGGCGAGGCGAGGAAAGGGAAAGGGAAGGGGACGGGGAGGAAGGCUCGGGGCCUUUGCCGCCAUUGCGGUGAUGAGAGGAUGGACGCCGACGAAGUGAGCAUCCGCGAGCAGAACUUCCACAGCCAAGUGCGCGAGUACACGAUCUGUUUUCUACUAUUCGCUAUUCUGUAUAUUGUUUCUUAUUUCAUUAUCAGAAGAUACAAGAGGAAAGGAGAUGAACAAGAAGAUGAAGAUGCAAUUGUUAAUAGAAUUUCACUGUUCUUGAGUACAUUUACUCUUGCAGUUUCAGCUGGUGCCGUCCUCCUUUUACCUUUCUCCAUAAUCAGCAAUGAGAUUCUACUCUCUUUUCCUCAUAGCUACUAUAUUCAGUGGCUAAAUGGCUCUCUAAUACAUGGUUUAUGGAAUCUUGCUUCCCUGUUUUCCAAUCUUUGUUUAUUUGUAUUGAUGCCCUUUGCUUUCUUUUUUCUGGAAUCAGAAGGCUUUGCUGGCUUGAAAAAGGGGAUCAAGGCACGCAUUCUGGAAACAGUUGUUAUGCUCAUUCUUCUCGCGCUGCUUAUAUUUGGAAUAGUGUGGGUUGCUUCAGCUCUCAUAGACAAUGAUGCUGCGAGUAUGGAGUCUUUGUAUGAUCUUUGGGAAUUCUACCUCCCGUAUUUAUAUUCCUGUAUAUCAUUGAUGGGAUGCUUAUUGCUUUUAUUAUGUACGCCAGUGGGACUUUCACGAAUGUUUACAGUAAUGGGUCAGUUGCUUGUGAAGCCAACGAUCCUUGAAGACUUGGAUGAACAAAUAUAUAUUAUCACCCUAGAAGAAGAAGCUAUCAUGAGGAGGCUAAACGGGAUUUCUUCCCCACUGGAAUAUAACACAAAACAGCUGGAACAGGAGCUGAAUAAUGUGAAGAGAAUGAAGACAAAACUGGAGCGACGGAAAAAGGCUUCUGCAUGGGAGAGAAAUCUUGUAUAUCCAACUGUAAUGAUAUUACUUCUAACUAAAACGGCAAUCUCCGUCCUUCUGGUUGCUUGCAACAUUCUUUGCCUAUUGGUUGAUGAAACUGCUAUGCCAAAGGGGUCAAGGGGGCCUGGCAUUGGAAAUGCCUCUCUGUCAACCUUUGGCUUUGUUGGCGCAGCACUUGAGAUCAUUUUAAUUUUCUAUCUCAUGGUCUCCUCUGUAGUCGGCUUCUACAGCCUGCGCUUUUUUGGAGAUUUCACUCCUAGAAAGGAUGACACAACCAUGACAAAGAUAAUUGGGAACUGUGUUUCUAUAUUAGUCCUCAGUUCAGCUUUGCCAGUUAUGUCAAGAACACUGGGCAUUACGAGAUUUGAUCUUCUUGGAGACUUUGGAAGGUUUAACUGGUUAGGGAACUUCUAUAUCGUGUUAUCUUACAAUCUGCUCUUUGCCAUUUUGACAACCCUGAGUUUGGUCAGAAAAUUCACCUCAGCAGUUAGAGAAGAACUGCUCAAAGCACUAGGUUUAGAUAAACUUCACCUCUCACACAAUGCAAGAGACUCUGAGACAGCUAAGCCCUCUGUAAACGGGCAUCAGAAAACACUGUGAAAAGUGGUCAGUGGAACUGAGCUCUUCAGCUUCUUGACAUUCCCAUCACUUCAUCACACUUGGUUUUUGUAUUGCUUUUACCUGUUUGUAUUUUGGGUCCAACAUGAUACAGAUGUGCCCAAGAAAGAUGGGUACACCUGCCUGUGCUCGUUUCUCUUGUACUGGCUUGUGCUUCUUCCAGCUUCUUUUUCAGCUGGUUCAGAAAUAUGUCUCGAAACCGGGAAACUGAAAACUGCAUUCCUCUUUGAAGAGUUUCCAUAUUGAACUGUCUGUGUAGAAAUACAUAUCUGAAGAAUGUGGUUAUGUGCCUGAGAUGAACCUUGCUAGUUGGAAAUGCACCCAGCUGCACCGCAUUGCUGUAUCUCCAGUAAGACUGUAUUAUGGAAGCGAGAUUAACUUGCAGAGUGUAGGGAGGUCCAGGAUCAGUUAAUUUGCCCGUGUAGUUUGUACUGUAACUGCCUAACACUUGAUCAGUCCUACUUCUAAAAAACAAACCGUCCUGCAGUUAUCACUGAAGACAACUCCCUCAUGGUUAAUGUAGUAUGCAAUAAUUUAAUCUCACACUGCUAAAACUGAGCCUGGAAAACUGACAAAUUUCACAGACCUCUGAUCAUUGUGUACAUAAUCAUGUAUCUGGAAUAUCUUAACACAGCAGUUACUUGCUCCACUAAAUAUUAUACACAGAAAGUCUUAUAGUUUCUUUUCUGUGAAAUAUGUCAUCAAUAAGCAGUGAAAAAAGAUGAGGUAAUAGAAGGCAGCUUUCACAGGUAUUGUCUUAAAAUGACUUUUGAGGCAGAGCAUUUCAUCUAAUUGAAACAAGACUAUUUUCUCACUAAUUCCUUUAGUUGAUUGCAUAUGUAUCUAUAGCUUCCUGAAAAAGGGAGAAUAUAGAUAAUAUUGUGCAGUAUUUAAGUACAAAAAUUUAGAUUCCUGUUAAGGGAUUAACAGAGCAUUCAAUUUAAGUUUAGAAGCCCUGACACACCUGAAGCCGAAGAAACUGAAAUUGAGGUAUAGACUGUGUGUUGAAGUGUGUAGUUUGUAAAAAUCAGUUUGUAACUGCUGAAAGAUUGUAGUUGGAUGGCAUGUCACACUGUGCUAAUGGGGACAUUUUAUAGGUUUGGUCACGUAGCAUUUACUGGAACUUCAUAAUUUUGAACAUUUCACCUCAGUUUGGGAUUAUUCAAGUCCAGUAAAUCCAGUAUUUCUAAUUUAUGAACUGGAUUUGGAGGCGUUUCAUAGUUUCUAGAUAGUUUAAGCCAACCAGCUUUUUAGGAGAUCAGAGUAUUGCUAGCUUUGUUAAGGUCCACAAGUAUGAACUUUACUGCUUGAUCUCACUGUGGAGACUUCAAAUACAUUCAGGUUUAACCAAUUUCUUAAUUUUGCUUUAAAAAAUGGAAGAUAAAUUUUCUAGCAUAGUUCAUUACAUGCUACAGAGAGUUCUGUGAAGAAACAAGACUUACAAUUGCUUAGACAAUAUUCAUCCAGAAAAUACUGUGAAUUUAGUCAAAGAUCUAGGCAUUUAUCUUCGCUUGAAAUCACUCGUGUAGUUGUUGCAAAAUGGGAAGGGGGGGGGGGAAGGAAGACCGAAUGGUUGAAAUUAUGAAAAUUCCAUUUUAGACAUACUUGUAAUAGCACACCAAAAAUAAUGGGGUGAGAUGGGGGAGAAGAAAAGCAAUGUCUUGUGUGAAGACUGCUUAAAUCUCAGGUCAGUUCAUUAGAAAUUGAUCUAGAACAUGUUCCAAUUCCAGUGUGAAAAAAUGUGCAAGAGGUAAAGCUUUGUUUGAUAAUCUCUUAUGGAUAACCUUCAAAGAACAUGGUAUGUUGAGAGAUCCUUCCUAGGUGUAAUUUUGGGAUCAGUUUGCUUUUUAGUUCAUAUAUUACUAAACCUCAAACAUAUAUUACUCUUGCCCUUAGAAAAUAUUAUACUCAUCUAUGAAAUGGGAAUGGCUGCCUAAUUAAUGUGUGUCUAGUGCCAAUAAAGCAAACUGUUCUGUGAAAUUUAAGGAAAGUAUAUUUCAGUAACACCCCCGCCCCCCCCAAUUUAUGAUUCUCUAUCUGGAAAUGAAUGUGAGAUAAAAUAGCACCAUAGUAAUGAUCCAGUUCCCUUCUCUAUAUGACUGUUUUCUCUUUCUUGGCUUUGUCCAUGUGAAAAAAUCAUUUUACUCCUCAGUACAAAAUGUUUUACAAGAAAAUUUUCAUUUCCAGUACUGUUAAUAAGAAACUCCACUCUUAUAGUAGUAUGAUGUCUACAGGCUUAAACACCUCUAAGGAAGUAGUCAAUUAUCAUAUGGACAUGUAUAGUGGUUAGACAGUUUUAGCACUCAGCACCUUUUUCAGGUACAGCAGCAUCAACCACCUGCCUUAUUAAUUAUGAGGCUUAAGCACAAAAUAUAUGAGUUAGGUAUAUAUCGAAGCAGACCAAAAUGUAUGUAAGUAAAGUGUCUUUAAAUGAACCACUGUUUGACUUUCUUCUCCAUAGAAUGAAAGCAGUAUUAACAAAGCAUGACAAAGAUGUGGUAAAGUCUGAGCAUAUCUCUUCUGUUCAGCUCUUAAAAGUUAAAUUCAGGCGCACAAGAGGGUUAAUUCAGAAGUCAAAUUCACGUAGACACUGUUUACAGAUUACAGUAAUGUGAUGUUUAUCUGCACCCCCUUUUGUCUGGUAUCUUUUACAAUUGCCUGUUUUACAGUGUUGAUUAAAGGAUUUGACAAGUU